AUGGACGAAGCUGACUUCAUCGACAAAGAUCCCACUGGUCGCUACAUUAGGUACGAUGACGUUCUUGGGAGAGGAGCCUUCAAAACUGUAUAUAAGGCAUUUGAUCAAGUCCAAGGGAUUGAAGUUGCUUGGAACCUUAUGAGCAUCGAAGAUGUUAUGCAGAUGCCUGGCCAGCUCGAAAGGCUUUACUCUGAAGUCCAUCUUCUUAAAUCUCUUAAACAUGACAACAUCAUCAAACUCUUCUACUCUUGGGUUGAUGACAAUAACAACACCAUUAACAUGAUCACUGAGCUUUUCAUCUCUGGUAGUCUCAGGGUAUAUCGUAAGAAGCAUCCAAAAGUUGAUCCCAAGGCCAUCAAGAACUGGGCAAGGCAGAUUCUUAAAGGCUUGCACUUUUUGCAUUCUCAGACCCCUCCUGUAAUCCACCGGGACCUCAAGUGCGACAAUAUAUUUGUCAAUGGAAAUACCGGAGAGGUCAAAAUUGGAGAUCUUGGACUCGCAGCUGUUAUGCAGCAACCCACUGCUCGAAGUGUGAUAGGUACUCCUGAGUUCAUGGCCCCCGAGCUCUAUGAAGAAGAGUACAAUGAACUUGUGGACAUCUAUUCUUUUGGCAUGUGCAUGCUGGAGCUGGUUACAUGUGAAUAUCCAUAUAGCGAAUGCAGAAACCAGGCUCAAAUAUACAAGAAGGUUACCUCGGGUGUUAAACCUCAAUCUCUUAGCAAAGUUGGUGAUCCUCAAGUUAAGCAAUUCAUAGAGAAGUGUCUACUCCCAGCUUCUUCUAGACCAACUGCUCUAGAGCUCCUCAAGGGCAUGUUCCUUGCAGUAGAUGGCCCCAAGGACUCCUCCGCUCUUGUUGCUUCAUCAAACGCAACAAUUAAACCUGCAAAGCCACCACAGUCUGAACAUCUUCCUAUGGAUGUGGAUCAUAAGGAGAAUGCAAGUGUUUCCAUCUGCUCCUCUGGUAAAAGCUGCCAAGAAUAUCAACCAUGGCUCCAUACCAUUGAAGUCCAGAGGGUUGCUGAAGAGACCAAAUUCAGGUUGAGUGGAGAGUGGAAAGAUGAUGCGACAGCGUCAAUGGCUCUGCGUAUCGCUGGCUCAACAGGUCAAGCAAGAACAGUUGAUUUUGAGUUCUAUCUGAAGUCAGACACAGCAACAGCAGUGACAGAGGAGAUGGUUGCAGAGCUUGAUCUAUCAAGCCAAGAGGUUAUUGUGAUAGCCGAGAUGAUAGGUGAACUGAUAGCAAAGCUGAAGGCUAACCGAAGCCCGCCGAAGGAUGAAGAAGCUGGGGAAUCAAUGAAGUCAGACAUAUCGGCAGACUACUACUAUCCGGGCUCCUCAAACGAGGGUUCAGGGAUUGGGUGGUGCGAGGCAGAAGAGUCUUUGAUGUCUUCGUUCCUCGAUUCGUGCUCGGUGGUGCGCACAAGCGAACACACAGAGGAUCUGAAGACUGAGCUGAGCGUGAUUGAGUCUCAUUAUAACGACUCGUUGCAACAACUCAUGAGGCAGAGAGAGGAAGCUGUAGAGAAGGCAAAACGGAAAUGGACGAAUCGGCCAAAGUGCGCACAAGGUUUGAGUUAA